GACCAACAAUAAACUGAAAAGUGUGAAGAGGAUCCAGUUAGAUAGAACUAUUAUGUCAAAUUAUGACUUGAGCUCCGUGAUAAUUGAAGGGCGGCAGACUGACUCUCGUGAUUUCACUUCCGGCCGUCAGUCAGUCAGUCAGUCAGUUGAGGCCAACCACUACCGCUGCUGCUACGGCUGUCGCUGCUCAGUCUGCCUCUGCCACCGAGCUGUCAACGUCUAGUUGUGGCCAGUUUUGCUGUGUCUGCGAAGACGUUUUUCCCUUCUAAACCUCGCCGGUUCUCAUCUUCCACGACGUUUUCCGACAGAUAACAGACACCACCAGCUAACCAUGACUCGAAGGUGAUCUUCAGAGUGACCAGGUGGUUCUGGGGUUCCAGGUUAGUGUGUUGAUAACUACUGGGUGGAGGACCUCCUGGGGCAUCGUGUCCCUGGUUCUUAAGUGGCUUACACGAGCACUUGGCAAACCAUUCUGCAGCAUGGAGAAGGAAGACAUCAAGGUUCUUAACAAGGGAGAAGAGGAGGAGAUGGAGCUACAGGGCUACCGCUUAUGUCAUUGGCGUCUGGUCCUGGUGGGCCUCGGGGUGCUGUGUACGGGGGGCUUUCUCCUCCUGCUACUCUACUGGAUGCCAGAGUGGUGCGUCAAAUCCACCUGCACCCGUACCACAGCCAGAGAUGCUGAAGUGGUUUUGUUGCGGUCUACGGAUGAGUUCCGGCGCUGGUUCCUGGCCAGGGUGCGAGUGAUGUUAGCCCCAGGGAGCAAUCCCUUCCACAGCCUGGAGACCCAGACCACCUCCCCCUGCACCCCCUCUUCACCUUCCUGCCCCUUCUCCUCCCCUGCCACACCUGCUGUAGCCAAUGGACACACCACACAACACUCCGAUGGCAGACCCGCUCAGGAGCUCAUCAAAAGAUUUGCCGACUACCAGCCCGUACAAAUUCGUUAUUUCACCUUUCACAGCACAAAGUAUUAUUGGGAUGAAGAGAAACAGAACUUUAAAGAUUUAUGCGGCCUGGAGGAGCUACAGAUCAGCUGCUCCACCCUCCACUCUGAGCACAGCUCAGGUCUUACCAGGAACCAGCAGGAGUACAGGAGACUGUUCUUCGGAAUGAAUGAAAUUGCAGUGAAAGUGCCUUCUGUUUUCAAGCUGCUUAUCAAAGAGGUCCUCAACCCUUUUUACAUCUUCCAGCUCUUCAGUGUGAUCCUGUGGACUGCUGAUGAGUAUUAUUACUAUGCUGCGGCCAUUGUUUUCAUGUCAGUCAUAUCCACAGCUACCUCUCUGUACACCGUCAAAAAGCAAUACGUCAUGCUUCAUGACAUGGUGGCAGCUCACAGUAUUGUCCGUGUGUCUGUGUGUCGAGCCAACAAUGAUACUGAGGAGGUGUUGUCCACUGAUCUGGUGCCUGGUGAUGUGAUGGUGAUCCCGAGCAAUGGGACCAUCAUGCCGUGUGAUGCAGUUUUAAUCAGUGGAACCUGCAUUGUCAACGAAAGCAUGCUCACGGGUGAAAGCGUUCCCGUCACAAAGACCAACCUCCCAAACCCAUUGCCAGACGAGACGAGGGAGACUGACAGUGUCUACAACACAGAGGACCAUAAAAGACACACACUGUUCUGUGGCACCAAUGUCAUCCAGACCCGCUUCUACUCUGGUGAACUGGUCAAGGCUGUGGUGGUCCGCACAGGUUUCAGCACAGCCAAAGGUCAGUUGGUGCGCUCCAUCCUUUAUCCCAAGCCCACCGACUUCAAGCUGUAUCGCGAUGCCUACCUCUUCCUCAUGUGUCUGGUGGCUGUAGCAGGAAUUGGUUUUGUCUACUCCAUUGUUCUCAGUGUUCUAAAAAAGGUGCCAGCAAAAACCAUCAUCAUUGAGUCUCUGGACAUCAUAACCAUCACUGUGCCACCAGCGCUGCCAGCUGCCAUGACAGCUGGCAUUGUGUAUGCACAACGACGCCUCAAAAACAUUGGCAUCUUCUGCAUCAGCCCACAGAGGAUCAACAUCUGUGGGCAGAUCAAUCUGGUCUGCUUUGACAAAACUGGAACUCUUACAGAAGACGGAUUAGAUUUGUGGGGUGUCCAGAGAGUGGAGAAUGGGAGUUUCUACCUGUCAGAAGAAAAUGCCUACAAAGAACAUCUGGUCAAGUCUCAAUUCGUAGCCUGCAUGGCAACCUGUCACUCUCUCACUAAAAUAGAGGGCCAGCUUUCUGGAGACCCACUGGACCUGAAAAUGUUUGAGGCUACAGGCUGGGUUCUGGAAGAGGCUACGGAGGAGGAAACAGCUCUACACAACCAGAUCAUGCCCACUGUUGUCAGACCCCCAACACAUUUGUUACCCCAGGAGUCUGUACCAUUACAAGAAGAAGAAGAAGAACUUUCGGCGUACGAGAUCGGCAUCGUGCGGCAGUUUCCCUUCUCCUCAGCUCUCCAGCGAAUGAGCGUUGUAGCGCGUCUGCUCGGGGAAAGACGAAUGGAUGCCUACACUAAGGGGGCGCCGGAGGUUGUGGCUGGUCUCUGCAAGAAAGAGACAGUGCCAGAAAAUUUUGCAGAGGUUCUUGAGGGCUACACCAAGCAGGGUUUCAGAGUCAUUGCUCUCGCUCACCGUCGUCUAGAAUCCAAACUCAACUGGCACAAAGUCCAGAAUGUCAACAGGGACCACAUUGAGCUGAACAUGGAGUUUCUGGGUCUGAUCAUCAUGCAGAACAAGCUGAAAGCAGAAACACCAGGGGUGCUGCAGAACCUCCGUCAUGCCAACAUCCGCACCGUCAUGGUUACUGGUGACAAGUUGCUGACAGCGAUUUCAGUGGCUCGAGACUGUGGAAUGAUCCCUCCCCAAGAUACGGUCAUCAUUGCAGACGCUCUACCUCCCCACGAUGGUCAAGCCGCCAAGAUCACCUGGAGAUACGCCGACCAACCAAGCAGGAUCUCUCACCUGGAGCAAGUGAACAUCAGUCUGGAAGAUGUUUGCCAUGAGGAUCAACCCAAAGCACAAGAACUGUAUCACUUCGCCAUGAAUGGAAAAUCAUUUGCUGUUAUUGCUGAGCAUUUCCCUGACAUGCUUCAGAAGCUGGUUCUGCACGGGACUGUGUUUGCCAGAAUGGCCCCCGACCAGAAAACCCAACUGAUUGAGGCACUGCAGGGGGUGGAUUACUUUGUAGGGAUGUGUGGAGAUGGAGCCAAUGACUGCGGGGCUCUGAAGAGGGCUCAUGCUGGAAUCUCUCUGUCAGAGCUGGAAGCCUCUGUAGCUUCUCCCUUCACCUCCAGGACUCCCAACAUCUCCUGUGUCCCCAGUCUCAUCAGGGAAGGACGUGCUGCUCUCAUAACCUCCUUCUGCGUGUUCAAGUUCAUGGCCCUCUACAGCAUCAUCCAGUACAUCAGUGUCACUCUGCUCUAUUCUAUCCUCAGUAACCUUGGGGACUUCCAGUUCCUUUUCAUUGACAUUUGUAUCAUCCUCCUCAUUGUCUUUACCAUGAGUCUAAACCCAGCCUGGUCAGAGCUCGUGCCGCGCCGACCACCGUCAGGUCUCAUCUCAGGAUCUCUGUUAUUCUCCGUAUUGACCCAAAUCCUCAUCUGCCUCGGCUUCCAGAUGAUCACGUUCUUCUGGGUCCAGCAGCAGCCUUGGUACGAAGUCUGGACACCACAGACAGAUGUCUGCAACCUGUCAUCACACCUUAACAUAUCGGACCACAACAGCUCAGAAGUUGACGAACACAACAUCGAAAACUUUGAGAACACCAGUCUCUUCUAUGUGUCAUCCUUCCAGUAUCUCAUUGUUGCCAUUGUUUUCUCAAAGGGCAAACCUUUCCGGCAGCCCAGCUACAAAAACUGGCCGUUUGUGCUGUCUGCAGUGAGUGUAUAUAUUUUUGUGAUGUUCAUCAUGUUCAACCCUGUUCAAGCCAUCGACAGCUUUCUAACAGUAAUUUGUGUCCCAUUCGAAUGGAGGGUGAAACUUUUCCUCAUCGUCUUGGUAAAUGCUGCCGUGUCUGUGUUGGUGGAGAACUUCAUCCUUGACAUCGUCUUAUGGAAGCUUGUGUUCAGCCGAGACAAACAUGGCAGCCUCGGCAUCACUCCUGCCUCCCCGACACCACAGAGGGCCUUUGAUUCAGGCUCCUGCAAGUGUCUAUCCCGCCUAUGCUGUGCAGGGAAGAUGCCAAAGGCCCGCUACAUGCACCUGGCCCAGGAGCUCAGCGUGGACCCCGACUGGCCUCCGAAGCCAACCACCACCAUUGAAGCCAAACACCGACCAGUAAACGGUUCCACCUAUGAAAUCUUGAGCAUUUUCUAGCUCUCUUACCGGAUCAGUUUCCAAUCUCUCUUUUUUUUUUUUUUUUCACACAAAGUAGUUAGAUCAGAAUAAAUGCUUAUGAAAAGCACAUUUUAAAUCUUUAAAUAAAAUUAUCACAUGAUAGAUUAUUAUUAUUGUUUAGGGAUAUGCCUCUAUGCAUUUACUUCAAAGACUGCUGUGAGGUCUGUAAAAAUACAAAAAUAAGUUUCAGUUCUCACAGUACUAUCGGUUCAGGUCACUUUUGCUUUAAACAUUGUUUAAAUAUGUCUUCACCAAAAACAAAAAAACAAAACAUUUUCAUUACUGUUUUUAAUUUGUUCACCAAAGCUGAGAACUGGAUUACUUUUAGUGGAAUCUGCUGUAUUUACACAAUGCAAAGCCAGAUUAUUGAGCAGGAACAAUCAACACAGAGUGACAACUUUUUACCACAGAAGUGAUUACUUCGAUGAUUACUUCGAUGACAUCUGCUCAUUCUCCUGCAGUCCCGUGCUGAGACCCACACCUCUCUCUCUCUCUGUUACUUUUUCAGUGGGUCGUUACUACAUGAUAAAUGAACAAAGACAAAACGUGUAUAAAUCAGUAGUUUGUCUUUGGAAUUCAGUGUUUGAUGCUUGUCCAUAAACUCUUAUUUAUUUCAUUCAUAAUCCAAGAAAAGCGAUUGGAGUUUUAUUCAACUCAGCUUGGUUUUGAGGUCACAACCAAUACAGUAUGCUAACCUUUGGGUGUGUAGCAUAAGCUUUGCACCUGUGUGAUUUCAAAGUCUCAUUUUUUUACUGCACAUAUUCAUCAUUACUGUAUUUGUUCACAAAGCAUCAUAUGAAACUCACAGGCAUCAAACUAUUGCAAUCAAAACACCUGCCGUAGACGGCAAGUGGCGUCAUUUAAACCCCUUUUCGUUGCAAGGUGUGAAAGAAAAUAGAUACAUGUGGAAGCACACCCUUCACAGAAGGGAUGAAGUUUGUCGUGCACGGUUGCGGACAUGUUUCACACAAGCUACCUGCAGAGAAAAAGGGCUCAAUUUCAGUUGCACAACUAUUUUUUUAUGCUGAUUGUGGAAACAUUGAAACACAGCCUACAGUAUGCUUUAAAUAAGGCAGUUUCCUUGCCGCCUUGCCUAUUUUUCCUGGUUGAAAUGGUAGGAAAAACAUAAUUACAAGGCAGACCCUGAGAAAAGAGUCAACGUAUAUAGAAAAUUAGCGAUUAUGAAAAACCGCUGUCAACGUUUAACAAUGAAAUAUUGAUAAAUAUUCACGGACAUGCAGCUGGUAUGCAUUUUCAUUUUGACUCAGCAGUUGCAUAAAUUGCAGGUGUGUGCAGAUUUUAUAAUUAAAUAGUUUAUCUUGGCCAUAAGACUCCCUCCCACUUCCACCCCUCUGCCCCUCCCCUGCAAAAAAACAGAAUGAAUGACAGAAUUAAGAAACAAGUUAAUUAAAAAAGUUGUAUUUUUUUUUAACUUUGAUUUCAGGAUCUUUUUAUGUUGUAUAGAUACCUACUGAGGCCUAAUUGAAUGUUGUACAAAAAACUCAAUUGAAUGCAAUGCAAUACUGUGCUUUUAGAUUCUAUUUCCAAAGAUUUUCAUUACACGUCUACAGGUUAUUUUACAAAUAUAUUUGUUUGUUUAGCUCUGUCAAAUGUUUGGCAGAAAUGGACUCAGACCGUGAUAAUAUUAGAAGUUGUUGGAAUAUGUCUGUAUAUAUAUAUAUGUAUAUAUAUAUACUUAUUUAUAUAUAUAUAUUUAUGAGAGAUACAUUUACUAGUGUGUGCAUAAAAGAUUUAGAUAUAAAAGUAGGGUUUUUGGAUUUUCAAAGGGCUGGUUUGUCUUUCUGCUAUUUUGGUACUUUGUUACAAUGAGGUGUUUGUCUACUUUUGAUUUGUAAUGUCUUUUUUUAUUCAUCUGAUUUUUCACUUUUGUUGUUGACAUGCAUUUUUAUGGGUCUUCCUCUUUCUGGGCAUUUCUUUUAUUUAAAAAAGACCAUUGAAGGUGGUAUUUCUGGAGCUUGGGAUCAGUAUUUAUUCUAAGUGGAGUAAACAUGCAGCUUAUGUUUACUUUAAAAAUUGGAAUAAGUUAAACUGCAACACAACUCAAUGGAAAAGGAAUUGUUCUGGGGAUGGUCUACUGAUUAUCUGUUCCUAAAAAAAAAAAAACUUUGCAUAUGACUUUAAAUGA